CUUAGAUGACAAAAAUCAAGACUUUGAACAAUAAUAUUCUGCUGCCUGAUCUCAUUACACAGGAUUUUACUCUUGUGGGGUUUCAUUUCAUAACAUCAGUUGUGCAAACAAAUUGGUGUCUGAAAAAGCAUUUGAUUCUUGAUGUUAAAAAAUAAGGAAUUUCUUGCGGGGAAAAAGAGGAUGUAACAGCUUCAAUUCAACUUUCGCAUUCUCUUUUGCUUUUGCUUCCUUCACUUCUAAGCUCUCUUGCCCUCACUCUCCUCUCUAACUCCACUCCAAUCUUACAACCCCGGAGUUUUCUUGGAUGAAAUGGUGAGCUCUGCGUAGGUUGUUGGCAAAUUUGAGCAACCACGGAGGUUUUUAGAGAUGGGCUCUGUCGGGAAUCAAAAUCCAUUUGCACCUUAUGAUAAUUACAGGGAUUGCUCGCAAGGUAUUUGUAGUAUAUACUGCCCACAGUUUUGCUACUUGAUCUUUCCCCCUCCGCCGCCGUCGGAUGAUGAUUCGGGCGCCCCUUUUUCCCCUCUCAUCAUAGCCAUCAUCGGCGUGCUCGCCAGCGCUUUCCUUCUGGUCAGCUACUAUACUAUUGUCACAAGGUACUGCAAGAGGAGGAGUUAUAGUAGCAGCACGAAUGUAGAAAGUGAAGAAAAUCGGGAAGAAUCGGGUCAGGAUCACUUGCAGGUUGGAUCAGCUGGAUUGGAUGAGGCCCUGAUUAAGACUAUUACUGUUUGCAAGUAUAAGAAAGGCGAUGGCUUGAUUGAAGGAACUGAAUGCGCUGUUUGUCUUAGUGAGUUCCAAGAAAAUGAGCACUUGAGGCUUCUGCCUAAGUGCAGCCACGCUUUUCACCUACCUUGCAUUGACACUUGGCUGAAAUCGCAGUCGAGUUGCCCGAUGUGUCGCGCUAAUGUUGUCAUUUUAGCUCAGCCUGCGCCUCCCCCGGUGCCUAGUUCUCAAACUUCAUCGGCUCUUAACACGAGUGCUUAUGAAGUUCACCCGCCCGAUGACUUGGUCUUGGUGGUGGAUGAUCAAGAAAGGGAUUGUAAUGAACAUAUGGUUGUAGUUAGGAAUACAGAGGAUUCAAGGAAUCAGAGUGCAGGAAAUGAUCAAGAGGGAGUCGGGGAAUUUGCGAGAUCGGUUUCUUUAGCUGCAUUUCCGUCCCAUAGACAGCUUUUGGUUUCGGAUAUCCUGAAAUUUGAAGAAAUUGAUGAAUACGUACAAGUGGAGAGUGAUCAUCUUUGGAGGGGAAUUGGUUCUUCAAAGGGGUUUGGUGUGGAAGAAAGCAGGGAUGGUGGAUUACUCAGGAGUCCUGCUGCAAUGAAGAGGUCUACUUCUGCAAGCAGAUUCAUGUUCACAGUCCAUGAUAAAGGCAAGAAUUCUAUACUUCCCAGUUGAUAAUAUACUGAAGAUCUUUGGGAAAAAGAUACAAACUUUACCAACAAAAAUGAGAGGCUGCCACAUUGAACUGAAUUGUGCAAUUGGCUGGCAGACGCCAAAUUUUACUCGAAUAUUUUUCAGAUUCACAGCAAAGUAGCAAUGGAAUAUACAGUUACUCUUUGAUUUUUCGAGGUUUGAUGCUAAAUGGGAUUGAACACAAUAUGAAAUUUGAAACUAUUAUUUAUUUA